AUGUAUGUCAUAUUGAAAAAUAUUAAUAAAAUAAAAAUAAAGGUUGAACCAGCCAAUAAUGGAGUAUAUCAAGAAGAUAUACUUCUAACUGAGCAACAGGCAAAUGCCCUCAUAAAUCAAAUUAACCAGAAUUCUGCAGGUUUAGGAGUUGUUCCUCAACCUAGCCGAUUUAAAAGGGCAGGAAAUUCGCUUUACCUGGAAGGUGUUCCUAAUCAACAAUGGCCGUUGGGACAGCCGAUACAAUACAUGUUUGAUGUCUCAGUGACAUCGGAAGCUGAUAAAAACGCUGUUAGACAAGCUAUCAACGAAAUCCAAUCUAAAGUACAAUGUCUGAACUUUCAGGAAGUUAAUAGUAAACCAACAGGAUCUCAUUUAUAUUAUGUGAAAUAUGCCCUUUCUGGCUUUUGUGGUCAAAGUUAUGUUGGCCGUUUAGAUGUUGUUAACCCGAUCUAUUUGAGUUUUGGUUGUGGUAAUCCAGCGGGCAUUGCGUUACACGAAACAUUACAUGCCCUUGGAUUGCAGCAUGAACAGCUUAGAAUAGGUGGAUGA